GUCCUAGCUCCCACUUUCGUCGCCAUCGUUCAAAUGUGGUACAGACGCCGAGAGCAAACCACACGGAAUGCUGCGUGGUAUGCCAUGUUGGGCAUCAUCAAUAUCUUCGGGAGUCUCUUGACAUACGGCCUCGGCCAUGCCAGCUCGAGCGUCCUACGCCCCUACCAGAUCAUAUUCUUGUUUGCAGGCUGUUUAACAGUGGCCUGGUCCAUCGUCACCCUCAUUUUCAUGCCGGAUUCACCCAUGACGGCGAAAUUUCUCAAGGGCGACGACAAGCUGAUCGCCAUCGAGCGCCUGCGGAUGAACCAACAGGGUAUUGUCGCUGGCGUUUGGAAGUGGAGCCAUGUUUGGGAGGCGCUGCUUGAUGUCAAGACUUGGCUCUGGUUCUGUCUCAUGUUCAUCAUCUCCAUUCCAAGUGGUGGAAUCUCGACUUUUGGACCGCUGAUCAUUCAAUCUUUCGGCUUCGACAGCUUCACUACCAUCCUCUUCAACAUACCCUUCGGCGCGGUACAGAUAAUUGCCACCCUCGGUGGGGCCUGGCUUUCUGACAAGAUUAAAAUGAAGUUCCCCGUGCUUAUUUUGUUAUGUUUGGGUCCAAUCGCUGGAUGCUCGAUUCUACUCGCCGUUGGGCGGGGCGUGAGCGACCGUGGCGUCCUUCUAUUCGGCUACUACAUCAUUUCGAUCUAUCCCGGUAUUUCGCCGCUUAUCUACUCGUGGUCGGGCCAAAAUACGGCCGGCGACACGAAGCGUAAAGUGACUACCGGGUUUCUUUUUGUGGGCUCAAACGCCGGAAACGUCAUCGGCCCGCUACUGUUUCGUCCUGACGAGAAGCCUCGCUACACUCGCGGCCUGACCGCCAACCUGGUGUUGUUUAUUCUGCUCGCUGUGCUGGUCGGCCUGGGGGCGCUCUGGAUUAAAUUCCUGAAUGCGAAGCACGCCAAGGCACGUGUAGCGCUGGGGAAGCCCGGAAAGAUCGUCGACUUGAGCAUGGCCGAUGCCAAGGAUAAAGGCAAUGAGGACGUCCUGAAUCAGGCCGCAGAUCAUGUCGGUGAGCGGGCGUUCGAAGAUCUGACCGACCUCCAGAACGAGGACUUCAUUUAUGUAUACUAGCUAAAGUUCAAUGCACGCUUUUGGGACGAUUGAGCGGUUGCAAUACUCCAAAUGCAGAGCAAUAAUCGAUGACCACUCAGAGAAACACGCUCGAAGACCGACUAUCGACUCCCUGCCAUGGUGCCAAGUCUCGUCUUUGAUCCGCAACAACCGCCGCGCACAGUUCCAUCUCACCACCUGAUGACCUUCUGUGGGAAGAACUCAUCGAUGAGUUCCAGGUAGUACGGCUGCGGCAGUAAAGUGUUAGAGCCAACAAUGCUCAAGGGCAUGAUGCCAUCAGCGAUUC